AUGAAACUACUUAUACUCCUCCUCUUUGCUGCUACAGCGGCUCAUGCAUGGGAAGAGAUUUUCCAUCCACCAUUCCUGAAGGGUCUCAGACGGACUGCUCGAGACGAGUACUAUAAAAUCCUUUUCAACAAAUCAUUGACAAUGGCUCAGCAGGAGAAGCGGAUCAUUGCCUGGGCAAAGAAACAUCACGUUGAGAGACAAGCACUCGCUUUCUUCACUAAGAAGGCGCAGCACAUGGAAGAAAUGACGCGGAAAUUCACGAUGCUGAUCAAUGAAUUGCCAAAAGCUGUCGCACAUCUGACCAAAAUAAUAGGGAACAAAAAACAGACGUUCCUAGAAAUGAUGAAGACCAUACACGAGUUGAAGGCCAAAAAUCCAGUGGUUUACAGAAUUCUGAAGUUUGCCAUGGAAGAGUUUAUGCAUGAGCAUGGUGCACACGACCAUCCUUUUCGUCUACCUGAUCCACCAUUCCCACCACAUGAUGGUCCUCUACCUUGGCACGGAACCUGGGCAAGCCAUAUGGGAGAGGAAGGAGGCCUCCAGGUGGAUGGCCCAAUGGGAGGACAAAUUGGUGGAUGCUCACGGUGGAUGGCCAAUGGGAGGAGAAAAUGA